UCCUCCAGUCUGAACCCUUGGAUGCGGGUCACUUGCCAGAGGAGGAUUUUUUUUCUGCCUCUCUGUUUUUUAUACUUCCUUCUCGGGCAAGAAGGCUGGUGUAAUAGAAACCAGACACAAGCCAGAAUGUGAGGCAUUCACAGCGGUGAGACCUCCCUUCUACACAGAGUGGGAAAACAGGAGAAAUAGGAAGUCUAGUCUAAUAAGUUCCUACGUUGUUUCUCGUUUCUGGUAUUUUGGAAGUUAUCAAUAAGACGGAAAAGGCCAGGACAUUAGGAUGGAAGUGGUAUUCUGUGGAUCAGACUGUGCAGGGGAUAUGUAGAGAGAGCAGAGGAGACCUUCAGGAUGGGAAAUGCAUGUGCAACUUUUCCAGAUUCUAGUUGAAAAGCUUGUAAGAGCAACAUGAGCUGGAGCUUUCUCACUCGUCUCCUGGAAGAGAUCCACAACCACUCCACCUUCGUGGGGAAAGUGUGGCUGACUGUGCUUAUCAUCUUCCGCAUUGUGCUCACGGCAGUUGGAGGUGAGUCCAUCUACUCCGACGAGCAGACCAAGUUCACCUGCAACACCAAGCAGCCCGGCUGUGACAACGUAUGCUAUGAUGCCUUUGCUCCUCUCUCGCACGUCCGCUUCUGGGUCUUCCAGAUCAUCAUGAUCUCCACUCCCUCUAUCAUGUACAUGGGUUAUGCCAUCCACAAGAUAGCCCGAACUUCAGAGGAGGAGCGCAGGAAGCAGAUUAGGCUCCUAAAAAAGCCACCUCCUCACUCCAGAUGGAGAGAAAGUCACCACCUGGAGGAUGUCUUAGAAGAGGAGGAAGAUGAUGAUGCUGAGCCCAUGAUUUACGAAGAUACACUGGAGGUGCAGGAAGCCAAGGCUGUGCCAGUAAACACUAGCAAAGACCCGCAAAAGCAUGAUGGCCGCCGAAGAAUUAUGCAAGAAGGACUGAUGCGAAUCUAUGUUCUUCAACUCAUGUCCCGAGCUAUUUUUGAAAUCGCUUUCCUCGCUGGACAGUAUCUCCUUUAUGGUUUUCAAGUUAGUCCUUCGUAUGUAUGCAACAGGGUCCCCUGCCCACACAGAGUGGACUGUUUUAUCUCUAGGCCCACAGAGAAAACAAUCUUCCUCCUCAUCAUGUACGUGGUAAGCUGUCUUUGUCUGGUGCUAAAUGUGUGUGAGAUGCUUCACUUGGGAAUUGGUACUUUUCGGGACACCCUUCGCCUGAAGAGGAGCCGGGGCCGACGGACGUCCUAUGGCUUCCCGUUCUCACGCAACAUUCCAGCUUCUCCUCCGGGGUACAACCUUGUGAUGAAGACAGACAAACCUAGCAGGAUCCCCAACAGCCUCAUCACUCACGAGCAGAACAUGGCCAAUGUGGCCCAGGAGCAGCAAUGCACCAGCCCAGACGAGAACAUCCCCUCUGAUCUGGCAAGCCUACACCGUCACCUACGGGUAGCCCAAGAGCAGCUUGAUAUGGCCUUUCAAACAUAUCAAACCAAAAACAACCAGCAAGCCUCCAGAACCAGUAGUCCUGUAUCUGGGGGCACAAUGGCAGAGCAAAAUCGAGUCAAUACAGUCCAGGAGAAACAAGGAGCCAGGCCAAAGUCAGCCACAGAGAAGGCUGCAACCAUUGUGAAAAAUGGAAAGACCUCUGUCUGGAUCUAGAGAUAAAUAUCAUUUGGUAAAUUAACAGUAAAAACUUUUAAGUCUCCAGGACUGCACUAUGACACAGCUGGAGCUGGAUGUGUCUGUGUGAGAUGCGACCUUGGACAAUAACAACUGAGAAUUUCAAUCACACUAUUUGAAGGUGUACAGUGCACAGUGGGCCUAGUUUUUUGGAAAUAAUUAAAAACACACACACACAUACACACACAUAAAGAAACGAUCAUAUCCAGUAUCAUGAAUCUUCUUUGUUACUGUAGUGUGUCAUUUUGUGCUUUUCAUAGCUUUUGGACAUGGUUAACAUAUGCUUACUUAGUUAAACAUCUCUAAUUCUAGCUAAGAUGUCAAAGUAUAAACAGACUGCUUCAAGCUAUUUAUCUCAGCUACCCUUGACUGCCGCUGAACUGGAUUCAUUUGAAGGAAUUUAGCUUUGAAAGUGUGUGAUUGCGCCCUCAAUCCAAAUUUGAAAAUGCAGUGCAAAACAUUCUACCAUUGCACAAUGACUCAUUUCUGGAGAAGGAUGAUUGCUGAUUCUUGUUGGAAAGAUGCAUGUUUAAUAUUUGGGGAAGUACUUUCGGAUGUAGUGUGGAUGUGUAUUGCUGGAAGCAGAUUAAACAUGAAAUAUUUUGAUAAAGAUAAUGAAACAGGGCUGUGUCACUGUAGGCUCUUCUGGUUAACAUCUGCUCCGUGUGAUGAUCUUCAGUCAUUGCGUGCAAAGCUUUUAUCUACUCUAUAUUUUUUCCAAAACCUUGUAGUGUCACAUUUGAAGGGGAAGAGGUAAGUGAAUAGAAAAUCAGAUUAUUUUCUAAACUAAAUAUUGAUUUUCUGCAAUCUGAAGCAGAUGAUGCAUGCUUUUUAACUGGGAACACACUGUAUACACAUAGCUAGACUACAGUAGAAAUCCCAUCCUUAGCUAUUCAAUUAGCUCUACAUUUAUCUUAUGUUAAGGCAUGUUAAGUCUUGAAGAUGAGCAUUUUAGUUUUUCUGUCAUUGAAGCAGUAUGUUUCUAAAAUUGAUUUCAGUGUAAAAUUAAAUCCUGCCUUCACUGUUGUCAUACUCCAAAGUGCCUCAAACUUUAAAGACUGUUCUAGUAUUUUAUUCAUGAAGAAAUAAACUUAUUUGAAACCUC